CGUGGUUUCCGGGGGAACGCUCGUACAGAAAAUAACAACAGACGAGUUAGCAUCGAGCUCGUAAUGAACCCGAGAGAAAAAGCUCCGCUGGCGCCGACAUUACGAUGUGUAGCGUUCAGGAAAGACGCGGACAACACGGGAAACUAAUGUAGUCUCGCAGACCAGCCUCUCUGCACCAUGAAUUUAAGAGGACUCUUUCAGGACUUCAACCCCAGUAAGUUCCUGAUCUACUCGUGCCUGCUCCUGUUCUCCGUGCUGCUGUCCUUGAGGCUGGAUGGAGUCAUCCAGUGGAGCUACUGGGCAGUGUUUACUCCCAUAUGGCUGUGGAAGCUGCUGGUCAUCAUCGGGGCGUCCGUGGGCACCGGAGUCUGGGCUCAUAACCCUCAGUACAGGGCUGAAGGGGAGACCUGUGUGGAGUUUAAAGCCAUGCUGAUCGCUGUGGGCCUCCACGUCCUGCUGCUGAUGUUCGAGGUGUUGGUGUGCGACCGAGUGGCCCGAGGAAACUACUUCUGGCUGCUCGUCUUCAUGCCGCUCUUCUUUGUGUCGCCCGUGUCAGUCGCAGCAUGUGUCUGGGGCUUCAGACACGACCGCUCCCUCGAGCUCGAGGUUCUGUGUUCCGUCAAUAUUCUGCAGUUUAUCUUCAUCGCUCUGAGGCUGGACCAGAUCAUCAACUGGCCCUGGCUGGUGGUCUGCGUUCCUCUGUGGAUCCUCAUGUCCUUCCUGUGCCUUGUGGUUCUUUACUACAUCAUCUGGUCGGUCCUCUUCCUGCGCUCCAUCGACAUCAUCGCUGAGCAGCGCCGGACUCACAUCACCAUGGCGAUCAGCUGGAUGACCAUCGUUGUGCCGCUUCUCACCUUCGAGAUCCUCCUGGUUCAUAAACUGGACGGCCACAACAGUCUGAGUUACGUCUGUGUGUUCGUCCCUCUCUGGCUCUCUCUGCUCACUCUCAUGGCCACCACCUUCGGCCAGAAGGGAGGAAACCACUGGUGGUUUGGCAUCAGGAAGGACUUCUGCCACUUCCUGUUGGAGCUCCUCCCCUUCCUGCGGGAGUACGGCAACGUGUCCUACGACCUCCAGCGCAGCGAGGACCCCGAGGCGGCCGACGACCUGCCCGACCCGGAGCCGCCGCCCAAGAUCGCCCCGAUGUUCCACAAGAAGACCGGCGUGGUGAUCACACAGAGUCCCGGGAAGUACUUCGUCCCACCGCCGAAACUCUGCAUCGAAAUGCCCGACUAGACGACCAGCGGAGACUCCACAGUAGAUCUACCUGCCCCGAGCGAUUCAGCCCACUCACCUGAACUCUAUGUCAGAACGAACGGUGACGGGUCCAGACUCCUCACACUGGUUCUGUUCUGGAGGAAACUGAACCCCAGACCCUUAACAUGGACCCGAUGCUGGAUCUGUGGACUCAAGAACCUCUGGAUCAGAGUGUCUGAAUGGAAAAAGACACUUGGUCUGUGAUGGGGACCAGUGGAGACUUUGUUUCAUUUUGGGAUCACUGUUCCCCUCGUUUCAUUCCAUAGAAAAUGAAAUAAAUCUGAAAAGACCUCCUCACUGUUUAUAUCGACACUAACUUUAUUUAAUGAAGCACAGUUUUACCUUCAUACUAUGAAUAUUUCCAGAGUUCCAGGUCCUUGAAGUACGUAGAGGUGGGUCCAAAAUUAUCACAUUUUAAUGGACUUUUUAAAUAUCUUUUCUUUAGCCCUCAUAAUUUGUAAAAGACAGGAGAUGGACACAGAUUUAGUGUGUAGGUUGUGGCACCUGGAGUGAAUGUAAACUGAUCUGGUGUCAGUUUUUACCGGAACUCUGUGUCUAUCUGCUGGACUGAUGAAGUUCUGAGUAGUGCUGGGCGAUAUGGAAAAAAUCAUAUAUCACAAUAUGGAUUAUUUUAUAUCACGAUAACAAUAUGUAUCACAAUUUGACAAUUUUCAGUCAUUUUGAACAAUUUUGACCCAUUUUUGACAAAUUUUAACUAUUUUUGGACAGUUUUUUACUCUGUUUUGGACAGAGUAAUUUUUGGCAACAUGGAUGUAAAAUUGCCAAAAUGACUCCAAAAUUAACCAGGAUUACUUCCAAAAUUUUCCAAAAUAACUCAAAAAUUGAUGAAGAAUAGUUAAAAAUCGCCCAAACUGACUCAAAAAUGAUCCAGAACUGUUUGAAGUUUGUCUAAAAUGACUUUAAACUUGUUGAAAAAGACUCCAACAUUGACAAAAUUACUCAAAACUAUAGAAAAAUAGUUAAAAUUUGUCCAAAAUUACUCAAAAAUGAGUUUAAGAAUGAUGCAAAAAAGGACCUCAAAAUGCCAAGAUCUAGUGUUCAGACUGUGACACCUGGAGUGGAUUUAAACUGAUCUGGUGUCAGUUUUUACCAGAACUCAGGUGUGUUUUUCCUCCUAAAUGUCAUGGUUCUGUCUGCUGGACUGAUGCAGUGAUGAGAACUUCAUCUGGACCCACCUCUAUGGACUGCAAGGACCUGGAACACUAAAAAUAUUCAUUGUAUGAAGGUAAAACUUUGCUUCAUGAAAUAAAGUUCCUGUAGAAGUGAUUCUGAGGAGGUCUGGGUGGGAAGUUUGAUCAGAUUUAGUUGAUUUUUUUCAUGGAGAUGGAAAAACGAGGGGUGUGGUUGAAGGAAAAGUGAUAUUUUUCAGGUUUGUGUUUUUUCUCUAAUCUCUCCGUGUCAUCAGACUGAUUCCCUCCAGCAUCCACAUGUCUUCCUAAAGGUAAAAAUGCAUUUCAGAGUAAAGCCAACGCUGAUGUGAGGCUUCAGAAACGGAUGCCUUCCAAAUUUUGCAAAAUUUAAAAGUCUGCAACAGAUUUGCUUGACAGGGUUAUAGAAAAUUUUUGCAUUUUUGGUGCUACAGAGAUUUAAAAAAUCUGAAAAUAGAUGCUUAAUUUGACCAACAGAAGCCUCAUUGGGUUGAACUUGGAAGUUGAAGCACAUUUUUGCUCAGAAUGCUGAUUCAGGAGUGGGGAUUGAGGAGAUACCUGAAAAAAAUCAGCCUUUUCUUUCAACAGACGACAAUGGAGAUGGCACUUUGUUCCAAGAGGAGCCCUUUCUGACCUUUAGGUUGUUUUUUUUAUUAUUGUUAUUCCUUUUUUUGUAAAUAAGAUAACUUGUAAAGUUUGGGACCAGAGAGUUAAAAUGUUAGAACAGACACAACGAGAUUAAAUCAUUUUAAGAUGGAAUAAUCAUAUUAAACCCAGACACUUUGUGCCAAUAA